AUGGACGACGACGUCGCCGGCAACAGCAGCAGCCACGACGGCAUGGCUGCGGGCUGCUCCUCGUGUCUGCCGUUCUGUUUCUGGAGCUCCUCCAGGGUGCCGGCCGCGCCCGAACGGAGGCGGCGGCGUCGACGGCGGCUCAGGCUCAGGCUCAGCCUGUCGUGGUUCUCCUGGCCAUGGCGGAACAGGAAGAGCCGCGGCGGCAAGGGCAAGGAGGAGGCGGGUGGCGAGAAGAGGAGGAGGAAGAAGCUGCUGCGGCUGCGGCUGAUGCUGCUGACGUCGUCGUCACAGGCCAAGAAGGCGUUCGCGUCUGUCUCCUCCGGAAGCAUCUUCCUGCCCAAGGUGAGCAGCUUCGGCGGCGCCAAGAAGCAAAACCGGGGCAGGCCGCGGCGAACCGUCGAGGACGAGCCAACCACGAGCUGCGCGGCUCCUGUGCUGCAGCCGGAGACGACCAGCCAGCAGCCGUGCCCGAGCCCGUCCGGGGAAACGUGGCGAGCCCCGUCGUCGAGGCUCCGCUCGCUCCAGCCCGACCUGUGGGCAAUGGCCACCACGCUGGGCGCUAUCGUGUUCGUCGGCCGCGUCGCCGCGGUGUUCUUCCUGUGCUCGUGCAUGUACGGCGCGCGGUGGUGGUUCGGGCCGGCGGCGCAGGGCGUUGGCGUUGGCGGAGGUAGCCGGAGGCUCGGUGGUGAUGCCGGUGUAGGUGGCAGCUGGAGGCUCGGUGACCGGGUGGCGGCGGACUUGUGCACGGGGGAGCACAAGAGGAAGGUGGUCAUGGAUGGGUUGCUGGAGAGAGCCUCGCUUUUGUAAAUAGUCACCUUACAGCUUGUGUUGUCAAUUUGUAAAAAUGAUCUCGUUUUAUUGGGUUGGUGGCAUGGUUGGUUUUGAAUGGUUUUGGGAGAUGGAACCUACGGACAUGGUUGAUCGAAUUCAGUUUUGGUUA